ACGAGAGAGAGAGAGAGACAGCUGAUUUUUUAGAUAGAGAGGAAGAAAGAAACAUAAACAUAAACAAAAUCAAAUCAAAUCAAAUCAAUCAAUCAUCCAGACGAGCAGCGCACGCAUCAUUUGGGUGGCACGGACAAUGACAUACUCCAAAUAUCAUCAUUCAUCUUCUUCAUCCUCCUCCUCUCCAUACAUAAGAUCGAAUCCUUUCUGUUCUUGAUUUUUUUCUGUUUUUUUUUUUUUUUCUCUUCCCGAUCAACAAAACCAAACAAUCCCAGAUACCCAAAUCUUGAUAUUCCGCAGCUGUUUUGUUCCUCUCCCCCCCCCCCCCCCCCCCCUCUCUCUCUCUCUCUCUCUCUCUCUAUAUAUAUAUAUAUAUUUACAGGAAGGAAGGAAGUGGUUUGUGGGUUUUAAUUUUGGAUUUGAUCUUCUGGGGAAGGAAUGAAUAUGAUGACUAUGGAAGGUAUGAUGGAUAAGGGUGUGUUGGACGACAUAAUCAGGAGGCUUUUGGAGGGGAAAGGAGGAAAACAGGUGCAGCUUUCGGAGGGUGAGAUCCGUCAGCUCUGCGUCAACGCUCGUCAAAUCUUCCUCUCUCAGCCCAAUCUUCUUGCCCUCCAUGCACCCAUCCGGAUCUGUGGUGAUAUACACGGGCAAUACCAAGACAUGUUGAGACUUUUUGAAUACGGUGGCUAUCCUCCUACUGCAAAUUAUCUAUUUCUUGGCGAUUAUGUAGAUAGAGGGAAGCAAAGUUUGGAAACGAUAUGUUUGCUUCUGGCUUACAAAAUAAGAUAUCCCGAUCAAGUCUUCCUUCUAAGGGGAAACCAUGAGGAGGCAAAGAUCAACCGUAUCUAUGGGUUUUAUGAUGAAUGUAAAAGGAGAUUCAAUGUUCGGCUUUGGAAGAUAUUCACUGACUGCUUUAACUGUUUGCCGGUUGCUGCCCUCGUUGAUGAAAAGAUACUAUGCAUGCAUGGCGGGCUUUCUCCGGAAUUGCAGAAUUUGGAUCAGAUAAGGGAAAUUGAGAGGCCCACUGAGAUCCCAGAUAGUGGUCUCCUAUGUGAUCUGCUCUGGUCUGAUCCUGACCCCCGGAUUGAGGGGUGGGAAGAGAGUGACCGGGGUGUUUCAUGCACUUUUGGAGCUGAUAAGGUGGCUGAGUUUCUUGAUAAGAAUGACCUAGACCUCAUUUGCCGGGGUCACCAGGUGGUGGAGGAUGGAUACGAAUUUUUUGCUAAACGAAGGCUAGUCACAAUAUUUUCGGCCCCAAACUACGGUGGGGAGUUUGAUAAUGCAGGUGCUCUCUUGAGUGUCGAUAAAAACCUCGUUUGCUCCUUCGAGAUAUUAAAGCCUGACUACAAACAAUUACCUGGCAGUUCUAAGGCACCCCUUAAGAAGCCUCCAAAGAUUGGAAAGGCCUGAGUGGAUGUCGGAAGUGUUUUGGUCAGUAGGGGAGAAUAGCAAGCUCAGGUCUUGCUAGUAAUGAAUGUUUCUGCCAUGACAUAAGCUUCUGUGGAUAAGCCAUCCUUUGUCACGAGAUUGGGAGCUUGCAGAUAGUUUGACUUAGAGUAGAGAAUAUCAAAAAAAGAUCUGUAAAUCAGCAACAAAUGCCACCUUCUGUGCAGGAACUGAGGUCUCUUUUGGUUGCUUUAGAUAUUGUCCCUUUGCUCACAGCACCCGGUAUUCAGCAUAUAAUCCGAUUUGGAAAUGCUGACUGAGGAUGAGGAUUUCGUAGUCUUUGAUGAUUCUAUUUGUAUUGUUGUGUUCUGCUUGAUGCUUUGAAGUUUGAAUCUCUUUUUCAUCCAAGAUGAGCUGGGUUAGCAGCACAUUUAAAUGCUUGGAAAGUAUUUUUAUGUUAGAUUAUUUCUCAGCAAACAGAAAAGGAGAUAUGGAACUUUGAGACUUCAUGUUCCAAGGACUUGCAUGAAGAAGAGGAAGAAGAUAUUGUAAAGGUGAUGACUAAUGAAACAUGGUUCCACCUGUUUUUGAGAUGAUAUCUCAGUUUCUCAGGGAGAUUUGUAAUGAUAACUUCGAAAAUAAACCAACAUCAUGAUGAUUAGUUCUUUAUUUUAAUGGGAUGGCAUCUCAAUCUGUUAUGUUAUUUUGAUUCAAAUUCUAAUUAA